ACUUUAAAAAACAGGGAAGCUCAUGCUAGGGUUUCAUUCCCAACUCCCAAGUACUUAAAUUAGGAACUUCGAAAGGAAAAUGAAUCCCAACGGAUUGAAGUUGUUUAGAACAUCUGACGUUACUCUCUAGAUCCACUGCUGAUGGCUGAUGCGUAUUAGGGUUUUGGAGUCAUCCGAAAGUAUCUACUCGUAGCUUGGUGGAUCGUUCUCAAGGUUUAUACGAAGAAGGGUAUCAAGAAGAGUGUGAAUCGAAGUAGGGUUCUAUUUUUUGAUUGUAAUGUGGCUUUGUCCACUGAUCGUCAUGUUUGGAUGCGAUGUUACCCGUUUAAUCUUUACCUUACUUUAGUCAUUUCAAUCUUUUUGAGAAAUUUAGUAUAGUCUUUCUGCAAUUACAUGGAUCUCAUGUUUCUGUACGGUUUUAGAGGUUUCAAUAUUUAUGAUUCGCUUUUGAAGUAUCUUGUAGCUUGGGUCAUCAUUCUCAAGAUUUAUACUUUAUACGUAGAAGAGUGCAAACAGAAUUAGGGUUCUAUGAUUGAUUGUAAUGUGGCUCUGUCUACUGAUCGUCUUGUUUGGAUGCAAAGUGGAAUCCCAACCAAUUGAAGUAGGUUUACACGAAGACGAGUGCGAAGAGAAUUGAGGUUCUAUUAUUAAUUGUAAUGUGGCUCUGUCUACUGAUCGUUUUGUUUGGAUGCAAAGGGGAAUCCCACCCAGUUGAAGUAGGUUUAUACGUAGAAGAGUGCGAAGUGAAUUGGAUUCUAUUAUUAAUUGUAAUGUGGUUGUGUCUACUGAUCGUCUUGUUUGGAUGCAAAGGGGAAUCCCAACUGAUUGAAGUAUGUUUACACAAAGAAGAGUGCAAAGAGAAUUGGGGUUCUAGUAUUAAUUGUAAUGUGGCUGUGUCUACUGAUCGUCUUGUUUGGAUGCAAAGGGGAAUCCCAACCGAUUGAAGUAUGUUUACACAAAGACGAGUGCAAAGAGAAUUGGGCGUUCUAUUAUUAACUAUAUGUGGCUGUGUCUGCUGAUCGUCUUGUUUGGAUGCAAAGGAAUUGUUGGAUAUGUUGUUGUUACCUGUUUGAUCUUACUUUUCUUUAUUCACUUAUAUCUUUUUGAGGAAUUGAGUACAGAUUAGUUUUUAUGCAAUUACAUUGAUAAUAUGUUUCAAUUACUGUUUAGGUGUCAAUAUUUAAGACUUGGGAAAUUUUGGUUUACUCUGUUGGGUUAGUUACCCAUAGUCUUGCUUGUUUUGGGAGUACGGCUUCUCAUCCUCCCCCUCCCUCUCCCACUUUCUCCUUUACUGACUGUUUUUAUCUUUUCAAUUUUCUUGUAAAUUAGGUUUCUGUCCGGGGAAUCCAAACCUUUCUAAGUAAAGAUCUAUGGUUGUAGAAUCAGAUAGUGGUGGUUGAACUAUCAUUUGUAGUGGGCUAUUUGGUACAACUAGCAAUCUGACAGAAAAGAAAAAGGAGUAACAAGAAGAGAAGAGAGAGGAAAAUGGAGUGCAAUAAAGACGAGGCCACCAGGGCGAAAGAAAUAGCCGAAAAGAAGUAUACAGCAAAGGACAUUGCUGGUGCGAAGAAAUUUGUUUUGAAGGCCCAAAAUUUGUAUCCUGGGCUUGAGGGUCUUCCCCAGAUGUUGGCUACUUUUGAUGUUUAUAUCUCUGCAGAGAACAAAAUAUGUGGGGAAGCAGACUGGUAUGGGAUCCUUGGUGUGAGUCCCUUGGCUGAUGAUGAGACAGUUAAGAAACAGUAUAGGAAGUUAGCUCUCAUGAUUCACCCUGACAAGAACAAAUCGGUCGGGGCUGAUGAAGCUUUUAAGCUGAUUUCAGAGGCCUGGAGUAUAUUAUCUGAUAAGGCCAAGAGAAUAGCAUAUGACCAGAAACGCAAUGUCAAAGCAUUUCAGCGUACAACCACCGCAAAUAGUAAACCUCAAAAAAGUGCCAAUCCACGCCCACCACCGGCGUCAAAAUCAAAUAUGUUUGGGACUGCAUGCAAUCACUGCAAAAUGAAAUGCAAGUAUCUCGGGAUCUAUAUUAAUCACAAUCUUCUUUGCCCCAAUUGUCAUGAGCCCUUUUAUGUAGUACAGAACUCUCCCCUACCUUCAAAUGGUUCUAAUACUGCAGCACCAUGGACUUUCUCACGCCAGUUUCAGAAUUCAAACCAUCAUGGAACUAACAAGAAUGCCUAUGCUCCUGGAAGAAACACUGCUGCUCCUGCUCCCAACAUGAGAGCAGCUGCCCCAGGUUCUGCUGCUGGUCAAGCUGCAACUGUGGGUCAGCAGGCCCAUAAGAAGGUGAGGAGAGAGCGUGAGGAGGUUCAGGAAGCUACAAGAGGAGAGGAUGCACUUCAGAGGAAGAACGUACCAUUAAGAAGAUGGCUGGUGGUUUGUCUGCGGGGUUUUCUAAUUCUGGUUCUAACCAUGUUGUCAAAGGAGCGAUACCUGUGAAAAAACAAAGGUCCUAACAACUGUGGGUCAGCAGGCCUGUGAGAAAGUGAGAUUCGGCUCCUCUACUGCGUAAUAGAUGCGGCAGCUCAGAUCCAACACCCUAGAGCACCUUGGCAUGGAACCCAUCACACGGGCACUCGCCUCAAGGCGCUCAGGGCGUUGGAUCUGAGCCGCUGCCUCUAUUGCGCAGUAGAGGAGGCCCCGCCGGAAAAAGUGAGAGAGCAUGAGGAGGUUCAGGUGGCUGCGAGAAGAGAGGAUGCACUUCAGAGGAAGAACCAUGUGUCUAAGAAGAUGGCUGGUGGUUUGUCUACUGGGUUUUCUAAUUCUGGUUCUAGCCCUGUUGGCAAUGGACUGACCUGUGAAAAAAAGAGGAGGUACUCCAACAAUCCUCAUAGACAAGCCUAGCAAAAGACCACCAAAUGAGCAUCUGAGAAAAGCACACACAAAAGUCAGAAUACAGUCCUCCCCACCCCUGACGGCAAAAUGGUGCAAUGUAUAUGUAUUAAAUAUAAGGUAAAACUUCCUUCCCAUGACCGCACUUUGAUUUUCACCCACAAUUCUUUUGAAGAAACAGUUUAAUUUAUUAGUAAUGGUUGUAGACAACAAUGCAUAAGCUAAUAGACUUAAAAUCAUUUGAAGUUUGGAAGGUUCC